AUGAAGACGAUGUUGGCUAAUGUAUGGCAUUCUAUAAGGGGAAUCUCUAUAACCGAAUUGGAUGAAGGACUGUUUUUGUUUUGGCUAUACCAUGAAGUUGAUGUUAAUCAGAUUGAAAGAGAGGGGCCUUGGUUUUUUAACUCACAUAUGUUGCUUCUCCAUCGUCUACAUAGAGGAGAGGACCCAAUGGGGGUAGAGCUACAAUUGGUGGAUGUUUUGGUGUUAGCCAAUGAUUUGUCGAUGGGCUUUAUAUCAGAACAAGUUGCAAAAUUGCUAGGCAACUUUAUGGGUUUGUUCCUGGAGUAUAAUGCCAUAGUUGUAUCGCUAGGGUACAGAAGCAAUCUCCGAUUUCGGGUUCGCAUAGAUAUUCGAAAACUGUUGAAGAGGAAGAAGUUGGCGCUACCGAGCGGGAAGUUCUCUUGUGCUUCGUUUCGGUAUGAGAAAUUGAAAAUGUUUUACUUUAUGUGUUGUAAGCUCAGUCAUGGGGAAGGUUUCUAUCUAUUGUGUAUCCUUAGGGAGAGCAAGGAUUUAACCGUACAGUGGGAUGCCUCUUUAAAGGCUCUACCAAGAAGAUGA